UGUUCACCCUGAAUGCAAAAGCGAAAAAUGCAAUGUUUAAUGUACAGUUAGUGGGAGCAGAUUGUGGACCAAUGAGAUUUCACAUGGGUGGCGCUACACAGCAGAAAUAGAACCAAAGGUAUCGAUAAAUUGUACUCUCGUCGCGGUCACGGCAGAUUACUGUUAUCACUUUUCACUUUGUUACAAUGUAACCUUAAAAGCAUCAGUAACCAUUUUAUCCUCAAGACAUAAUUAACUAUUUUUCGCUUUCCAGCCUUGCCCACAUGCCGACCAGAUGAGUUCCAAUGUGGUGACGGAUCUUGCAUCCAUGGCAGCCGGCAGUGCAACCACGUAUAUGACUGCAAAGAUUUGAGUGAUGAGCUGGGCUGUGUUAAUGCAACCCAUUGUGAGCCACCACACAGGUUUAAGUGCCGCAGUGGUGAAUGCAUCAGCAUGGAAAAAGUUUGCAACAAGCAACGGGACUGUCGAGAUUGGUCCGACGAGCCAUUACGAGAAUGUGAUUCUAACGAGUGUCUUUACAACAACGGGGGUUGCUCUCAUAUCUGUAAUGACCUAAAGAUUGGUUACGAGUGCCUCUGUCCUACUGGCUUCCGGUUGGUGGACAAGAGACGUUGUGAAGACAUUGAUGAGUGCGCCAACCCAGACACCUGCAGCCAAAUCUGCGUCAACCUGAUGGGUAGUUACAAGUGUGAGUGCGAGGAUGGCUACCAGAUGGACCCAGCCAGCAAGACUUGCAAAGCUAUUGGAACCAUCGCCUACCUAUUUUUCACCAAUCGCCAUGAGGUCAGGAAGAUGACUCUGGAUCGCAGCGAGUAUACACGUGUUAUUCCCCGCCUGAAGAACGUUGUGGCACUGGAUAUGAAUGUUGCUUCCAGGGAGAUCUACUGGUCGGAUUUAUCCCUCAAAAAAAUAUACAGAGCACCAAUGGAU